AUGACAUCGACAACGACAGUUAGUACGAUUGUCAAUGAAUCAGACACAAUAAGAAGUUCUACUGAAUUAAAUGAGAAAAAGGAAUUUAAUAAACGUUUUAAGCCAACUAAUCAAAAACAAAAUAAUCAAUCCAAAAAUCAGAAACAGCAUCAACCAGGAUCAGUCAAUGUACAACCAUUACGAGCUGACCAUAUAAAAGAACAUCGAUUAUGGGCACUUGCUUCAUCAAUUGUUUGCUUUUUUAUGAUUGCACCUUUUAUUUGUUUAUAUCAUAGCCGUCGUAUACGGGAAAUGAAAACAAAACAAGAAUUAACUCGAGCUCAAUCAUUAUCUACUCGCGUUAACAAUAUGCUUAUGAUAUCAAAUAUUAUGGGCCUGAUAGUAUGGGUUGCCAUAAUUUUCGUUAUUGCUGUACUUUUUAUAAUGGGCGCUCUUGUUCGUUAG